UUUCUUAAAUAAUUAGCCUAAGGGGUGUUACUUCAAUAUGAUUGGGUAAAAAGAAAAUGAAAGUGAAUUCCUCCUUUAAGAAAGAUAAAUUAUUAUUUAUCAUUUUGAUAACCAUUCAAGUUAUUUUAGGGUCAUAUUUUAUUUCUCUUCAAUUCAUGGAAUUUUCUUAUUUCAUUCAAUAUUUAAUCACUUUAAUAGUUUACAUUAAAUUGAUCUAUUCAACAACAGAGUUGAAUCAACAACAAAACCACCACCACCACCACCAUCAGCAACAACAACUAGAUCGUUUAGCAACAUUUUCAUUAAAAUUUCUAGAAUUUCAUAAUCAUGCACAUCGACGUAUUGAUGGUAGUUGUUGUGGUCGUCCUAAACAAUCAUCAUCUUCAUUAAUAACUACUAUAAAAGUAGAAACAGAAAUAUGUAAAGCAGAAUGUGCAUUAGAAUUUCGUAUUUGUAUUGAACCUUAUACAGUAAUUAAUAUAUUAUCGAAUAAUACAAAAAUUUAUAAUGGUCCUUGUAUGUACGGUGAAGUAUAUACUGGUCAUUGGGGUAAUACAGAUAUUACAUAUGGAUUAUUAGAAGCCAGUGUACACUCUAUUGGAAUUAUACAUCCAUGGCCGCGUUUAUUCACAGUAAUAUUAGAAGCAUAUGAUUUAGUUAAUCAAAAUGAAAAAUAUUUAAUUGAUCGAGCUAUACAUCGUGGUCUGUUACGUCCAUUAAUUUCUUCUAUGAAACAAUCUACAGAUUGGCAUCAAGUUACUAUAUCAACACAAUAUUCCGGUUAUACAUUUUGUAUACAAUUAACAUGUGAACUAAAUCAUUAUGGUAAUGAUUGUACAAAAGUAUGUCAAACAAAUGAUAAUCAUACAAAAUUUAAAUGUGAUGCAAAUGGUGAUAAAAUAUGUGAACCUGGUUGGAGUGGAACUGAAUGCGAUAAAGCAAUAUGCAAUAUUGGUUGUCAUCCAGUUCAUGGAACUUGUUCAAGACCAGGAGAAUGCGAUUGUUCAACUGGUUGGCAAGGUCCACUUUGUGAUGAAUGUAUAAAAUAUCCAGGAUGUAAACAUGGAACAUGUAAUGAUGCACCAUUUACAUGCCGUUGUUUACCUAAUUGGGGUGGAUCAUUUUGUGAUCAAGAUCUGGAUUACUGUGGACGACAUCAACCAUGUUUAAAUAAUGGAAUAUGUAGAAAUUUGAAUUCAUCAUAUUCAAAACCAUUCAAUUGUAGUUGUACACGUGAUUUUACCGGAGAAUAUUGUGAAAUAAAAUUGGCACCGUGUACAAAUGAUCCGUGUAAACGUGGUCGUUGUAUAUCAAAAGAUAAUAUCACUUAUGAAUGUGAAUGUCAACCAGGAUGGCGUGGUGAUCAUUGUGAAGAGAAUAUUGAUUAUUGCUUAAUCAAUACAUGUUUAAAUGGUGGAACAUGUCAAGAUUUAGAUGGUCCUGGUUUCCAAUGUUUAUGUCCAUCUGGUUUCAAAGGAUCUAAUUGUCAAUUAAGAUCACCAUGUAGUAAUUCACAAUGUGUACAUGCAGUUAAUUGUAAACAAUUAAUACAACCAGUGAAUGGGAUUGAUUAUGAAUGUAUAUGUCAACCUGGUUGGACAGGACAAUUUUGUGAUCAAAAUAUCGAUGAUUGUGUGGACAAAUGUCAAAAUGGAGGAACAUGUCACGAUCUUCUAGAUGAUUUCUAUUGUACUUGCCCAAUUGGAUUUGAAGGUAGACAUUGUGAAAUUAAUCGUGAAUGUUCCAGUAAACCAUGUCAAAAUAAAGGAAUCUGUCAUGAAAUUCCUGGUGGUUAUUUAUGUGAAUGUCCAAAUGGAUUUAUAGGACAAAAUUGUGAAAUUUCAAUAAAUGGAUGUAAUCCAAAUCUUUGUCAAAAUGGUGCUUAUUGUUAUACAUUAUCUAGUGGUUUCUAUUGUAAAUGUUCAGAAAAUUUUUAUGGACAAUUUUGUGAGUAUCAAAGACCAUAUUGUGGACCAGAUGGUUGUGAUACAUUAAUGGAUCCAUGUUUAACCAUGUUAAUUAUGCAUAAUAAUGAUACAUUCCCAUAUCCUUCUUCUUCUUCUUCUUCGUUGACGUUAACAUCUUCAGUAUUAACUCUUCAACAAUCAACAAUGAUUUUGAGAAAUUCAACUCAAUCAAAUUAUGAUAAUUUAUUAAUUAGUCAUCAUGAGAUCACAUAUCCUUAUGGUGUAUGUGGUCAACAUGGUACAUGUGUUAGUACAGAUAAUGGAGAUUAUAAAUGUAUCUGUGGAACUGGUUAUCAAGGAAAAUAUUGUCAUCAAUCAAUUAAUUAUUGUGAAACUAUGCCAUGUAUGAAUGAUGGUACAUGUAUAAGUGGUUUAGAAGGUUAUGAAUGUAUAUGUGAAGAGGGAUUUAGUGGUGUGCAAUGUGAACAUCCUAUUGAUUUAUGUCAACCAAAUCCAUGUCAAAAUGGUGGCUAUUGUCAGCAUACAUUACAUCCAGGAGAUUUUCAAUGUCGUUGUGCACCAGGUUGGUCUGGUCGUUGGUGUGAAUUUCAAACAGAUAAUCCAUGUAAUAUGGCUAAAAUUUGUUUUAAUAAUGGUAAAUGUCAUCAAGAUCAUUUAAGUUCUGGAUUAUUUAAAUGUGAAUGUGAUAAUCAAUGGAUUGGAUCUGUUUGCCAGUUACGUCGACCAGAAACAAGGUCAUGUGUACAAAAAAAUCUAUGCAAAAAUGGUGCUACAUGUGUUGAUUUAGGUAACAGUUUCAAUUGUAUCUGUCGUCCUGGUUUCGAUGGUCAAUAUUGUGAAAAUGAAAUUAACGAAUGUAAUUCAAUGCCAUGUUAUAAUAAUGGAACAUGUAAAGAUCUUAUUAAUUCUUUCGAAUGUGAUUGCCCUAAAGGUUUCAUUGGAACAGACUGUAGAAUAAAUGUUAAUGAAUGUGCUUCAUAUCCAUGUUCAUUUGGAUCAACUUGUAUUGAUCGUGUUGGAACAUAUGAAUGUAUUUGUCCAGAACAACGAUAUGGUCGACAUUGUGAAGAAGUGAUCAUUGAAACAGAACCAAAACCUCCAGCAUGUAAUUUUUAUGGUCGAAUUUAUGAUCAUAAUGAUAAUUGGACUUAUAGUUGUCAACAAUGUCAUUGUAAUAAAGGACAAAUUAUAUGUACUGAUGAUUUUUGCGGAUAUUGGUCAUGUUUACAAAUUAUUGGAAAGAAUGAUCGUUUCGCUUGUAAAAAUGGUGAAAUAUGUCAUAUUAUCUCAUCAAAUGGUUUAAAUAAUAAUGAUUGUUUUGUACCACCAUGUUAUUUACGUACAAUUUGUUUAAAUGCUAGUCAAUCAAUACAGGGACAAUUAAAACAAUUAUUACCUAAUUAUUAUUUUAAACAAUCAUUACCUGGUUGUCGACCAAAUAGUUUUAUAUUAAAUAAUCAUUGUGCUAGAUUAUUAUUACAUUUUUCUAAAUUACGUAUGUCUUAUUCAACAACUAUUGAUGAUAUAUGUAAUGCUGUAAAAAAUUUACCAUCAUUAAAAAAAUAUCAUCACUAUGGUAGUAGUAGUAGUAGUGGUGGUGAUGGUGGUGGUGAUGAUGGGGGUCGUGGGAAAUUGGAUAUCGGUAUAAGUUGUGAUAUAAAAGCUGGUUAUUCUAUAGAACAACAAAAUAUAAUAGAAGUAAGUUUAAUUUUAUUGGUAUUUGAUGUGAAAUAAGUAUUAUUGAAGAAGAUUAUUUAUCUUUAUAGAUAUGCACCAUAUAAGGCACUUAUUUUGUGUGUAGGUUGUGAUACUGCGCGGGUUCUCAAACUGAAAUAGGUGAUUCUCUUUGGAGGCCACACUUGCAGCCCUCGACCUAAACGUUUGAACCAUAAGGCAGUAGAGCAACGUCAGCAAAUACAGUUCCAUGGUAUCUGUUGACCGACGAUUGGUUCAUACGUCAUUUGUUUCUUCAAUAUAUUGGAGCCUAUAUGCACCAUUAGUUUGCAAUCAGGUUUUUUCAACACACCUAGGUAGAUCCUCCAUAUCCACCAAUACCAACGCGGUUAAAGCUUUUUGUUCUCUCGAUUUCGUAAACAAUAGUAAGACCGCGAGUAGGCAGUGAGUAGGACCUCCCUAAAAG